CCCAGUGCGUGUCUGCUCAGGUGUGUGUGUGCGUUGGAGGACCAUUGCAGAGCUGCGGACGGAGAAGAGGGGGACGCGGUCAUGUCAGACAGCGGAAAUGUACAGUCGCAGGACGGAGGAUCCCUCAGUGAGGACACGACGAGCCGGGUGAAAACCCCAGAAGUGGGCAAUAGAGUGACCGUGGUGCUCGGAGCUCAGUGGGGCGAUGAAGGAAAAGGAAAGGUGGUGGACUUGCUGGCCCAGAACGCGGAUAUAGUCUGCAGAUGUCAGGGUGGAAACAAUGCAGGCCACACAGUUGUUGUUGAUUCAGUUGAAUAUGACUUCCACCUUCUACCCAGUGGGAUUAUCAACCCCAAAGUCACAGCAUUUAUCGGCAAUGGUGUAGUCAUUCAUUUGCCAGGCCUGUUUGAUGAGGCGGAGAAGAAUAUGCGUAAAGGAAAAGGUCUGGAAGGCUGGGAGACGAGGCUGAUCAUCUCUGACCGUGCACACAUUGUGUUUGAUUUCCAUCAAGCUGUGGAUGGAGUCCAAGAACAGGAGAGACAAAAGCAAGCUGGCAAAAAUUUAGGUACAACAAAGAAGGGCAUUGGGCCUGUAUACUCUGCAAAAGCUGCUCGCAGUGGCCUGAGGAUAUGUGACCUUCUGGCUGAUUUCCAAGAGUUUUCAGAGAGAUUUAAAAUCUUGGCCGCCCAGUAUACGUCGAUGUACCCUUCUCUUGAGAUUGAUGUGGAUGGAGAGCUUGAGAAACUCAAGUCAUAUGUCGAUAGGAUAAAGCCCAUGGUGAGAGAUGGGGUCUACUUCAUGUAUGAGGCACUUCAUGGACCUUCCAAAAAAAUUCUGGUAGAGGGUGCCAAUGCUGCCCUGCUGGACAUCGACUUUGGGACAUACCCUUUCGUGACCUCAUCAAACUGUACAGUUGGAGGGGUGUGUACGGGUCUGGGCAUGCCACCCCAGAAUGUUGGCGAGGUCUAUGGAGUUGUCAAGGCCUAUACCACUAGAGUCGGGAUUGGCGCUUUCCCUACAGAACAGAACAACGAUAUUGGAGAGCUCUUGCAGACAAGAGGCAAGGAAGUGGGCGUGACCACAGGUCGCAAAAGGAGAUGUGGUUGGCUGGAUCUGGUGCUUAUCAAAUAUGCCCACAUGAUUAAUGGCUUUACAGCUUUAGCUCUCACCAAACUAGACAUCUUGGAUGUGCUACCUGAGAUCAAAGUUGGUGUGGCAUAUAAAGUCAACGGUGAAGCCAUCCCACAUUUCCCAGCAAACCAAGAGGUUUUGCAAAAGGUUGAUGUCCAGUAUGAGACUUUACCCGGCUGGAAUACCGACACAUCUGCUGCCAGGACCUUUGAAGAGCUUCCCGAAAACGCAAGGAAAUAUGUUCUUUACAUUGAAGAACACCUUGGCGUGCCUGUAAAAUGGAUUGGUGUCGGGAAGUCCAGAGAAUCAAUGAUCCAGCUAUUUUAAGAUGCUGCCCGAUCUGCAUGUAGCACCGGCUGCUCCCUCUGGGUGGUGCCAUUGGGACCUUACAGGGUCAGUGUCAGGGACAGAAAGCCGAAUUACACGUCUCCUUUUCCACCUCGCUACAGUGUUAUGAAAGUUGGACACUCUGUGUGCUUCAGUUAUCAUCUCACUGCCUUAUAGCGUUCGCCACUUACAUUGGCUUGGGUACAUUGAGCUGUUCUUCAUGUAUUCCUGUGCUUGACAUUUGGUAUGUAGAGCUCUGUUAAACUUAGUAUAACCUAUUUGAGUUCUUAAGCUGUAUAUGUGCUACUAUUUUAAACAGUCAGACAUCAGCAGUGAUGUAUAUUCUUCUUGUUAAACUUUGUUAGACAUCAGUUUGGGUUCACACAGGUUAUAUAUAUAUUUUUGUUCUUUCUUUCUUUUAUUCAUACCAGAAUCAACAGGUUAUGCAAUGUGUGCUACCAUGCGACACUUUAUCCUUGUUUUAAAUGGACUGUAUUAUUGAUUUGUUCAUGUAUAAAAAAGUACAGUUUUUAAAAGACAUUUUGAGUAUUUCUUCGCCAGAUGCAUAAAAAUUAUUAAAGAUUUUAGGAUUUUAAAUGAGAAAUGUGAACAAAACAGCUUUAAAAUAUAACAAAAGUGUUUUCUAUUUCUCAAAAAAAGUUAUUUUUAUUGAAUAUAUAUAUAUAAUGUACUGAAAAUAGUAUCGCUCAUACACCUUUUCAGUACAGUUCAAGAUGUUUCCAUAGUUUAAACAUAAAUGUAAAUGAAUGUAAGUGCGCAGUCCCCUAGUUAUGUAUUGCUGUACAAUAUUUCAUGCAGCAGGCAUUUUAAAUUCACUUUAACUGCUUGAGGAUUUAAUGGGAUGUUUGCUUUUCAGUAUAGCUUAGAUGGAUACAAACAUGGAAGGUCAUUAUAGGAAAUAUGGCACACUGUUUAGCCAGUGGAAAGCUCUGAUCAUUGAUGGGUGCAGAGCAAUAAUAGUUGCACCUGCUGUGCAUUUACAGAACCUUUACAUUUUAGAGAUGACCUAAGCACUUAAAUGUAAGAAUCACUAUAGGUUGUCUAUAAGAAAACAUGUUUUACUGUUGGGAAACCACAUAAAGUCAUUUUUUUCAAGCUAUAUCCUCAGAUUUGCUACUGUAUUCUGAUUUUAGGGGUGUUUUGUUCUUAUUUCCGCACUUUCCAAUAAAUAAGUUGUAUAGGAAAAACGUGCCUUGUUAAUACAGAUCAAAAAUGAAACUUGAAAUCUUAAUCCUUUAUCUUUUCUGACUGACAAAUCUCAAUAUUUGAUUUUUAAAGGGCAUUGGUGCAAUUGCUACAGUAUUUGCAUGUUUAUCCCUAUAGAGAUAGCGCAUUUAAAAAUGCUGUACUAUAAAGAGCUUUUGUAAAUGACCCAGAAUGAUAACUGUUUUAACCGGCAGAACAUGCUCAUUUUUUAUUAUAAUGCUCUGAUGCUUCACAUUUUCUGUUUUAUCCGUCGUAGCUACUGAAGAGAUGAUGUAACUCGUUUGUGUAUUUAGCAACAUCUUUUUAAAACUCCAUUAUUUUAGUAUUAUCACAACACUUCCACUGAAUGUAAUAAAUCUAGUCUGUUUUAGCGUAGUAGAAUAGUCAAAUUACAUUUUUUUUUGCCACAUAUUGGGUGUGCUUGCACAAAAAUAUUUCUGUUCUGGUUUCUGUUCUUUAAAGUCUGUACUGUAUUGCUGCUGGUUGAGUUUUCAUGUAUGUAUAUACAGAAUACAAGCCAUAUUCCCUGAUCUUAUUGUUACUGUACAGUGGUGUUUACGGGAUCUUGAUGUAUGGGAAUUUAUGAAAGGAUGUCACUCACUUUGGAAUUGUAAAGAGGAAUGUUAAAUGUAUGUCCGACACUUGUCAUUACUGUCAAUAAAUAAAAUGAUAUAAUGAGAAGCA